AUGAUUUCUUCAAAGCCCAGACUUAUCGUACCCUAUGGCCUCAAGACUCUGCUCGAGGGAGUUAGCAGAGCCAUUGUCAAAACCAAUCCACCAAACAUCAUCCACUUUGCAGCAGUUUAUUUUAAAGAACUUACUGUGUUUAGAGAAGGGAAUACUUCUCUGGAUAUAAAAGAUCUGGUUAAACAAUUUCAUCAGAUUAAAGUAGAGAAAUGGUCAGAUGGAACGACACAAGAGAAGAAACCAGAAAGAAACCAGAUGGAAAAAUCUACAGACACAGAGGAAGACAAUAUAACUGGACCACUAUUUAGUAACAAAACCACCCAGUUUCCAUCAGUUCAUGCUGAGCUCCCAGAGCCUGAGGAGACAACUGAAGCAGUCUGUGCUACUUCCAAACCAACCACCCCUAAGGUCAGCACCCCAUCCUCAUCACCACCUCCAGCAGCUGUCUCACCAGAGUUUGCCUACGUCCCAGCUGACCCAGCUCAGUUUGCUGCUCAGAUGUUACCACUAGCAGCAAGUGAAGCAGGACAACCACCACCAUAUUCUAACAUGUGGACCCUUUAUUGUCUAACUGGUAUGAAUCAACGAAGUCGCCCAUCACCACCACCUGCACCUGGGCCUUUCCCCCCAACAACCCUCUAUUUAUCUAAUCCUAAGGAUCCACAGUUUCUGCAGCAUCCACCGAAAGUUACUUCUCCAACUUAUGUGAUGAUGGAUGACAGCAAGAAGACCAGUGCCCCACCUUUUAUUCUAGUAGGCUCAAAUGUCCAGGAAGUGCAGGAAUGGAGACCUCUUCCUGGACAUGCUGUUGUUUCACAGCCAGAGGCCUUGAAGAGAUACGCAGCAGUACAAGCACCCAUUGCCAUUCCUGCAGAUCCGAAAUUCCAGAAACAUAGCCCAAAUCCCCAGAAUGGUAGUCUUCCUACAAGUGGACAAGAUGCCCCCAGACCACAAAGCCCUGUUUUUCUUUCUGUUGCUUUCCCAGUAGAAGAUGUAGCCCAAAAUUUCAGGAUCUGGUGA